CUCUCCACUUAAACAAUGGCAUAGAACGUGAGAGAGAGAGAGAGAGAGAGAGGGAGAGAGAGGGAGAGAGAGGGAAGAAAGGAGGUUCAACUUUAAUAACUGCCACAUGAUUGUAGUGCAUUUGCCAGUGACCCUUUUUCUGGAUAGCAGAAAAAAGGAACCUCAGUUGCUUUUUCCUGACCAGCCCUGUUUCAGUCCUUUGUCCCCUUUCUUACACAAACAAAGCAAAAGACUGAGAUUAAUAUACACAAAAUCAAAAACUGAGACACACACACACAAACUCACAAACUUAAAGACGGUCCUUUCACUUCCACCUUUAAAGCAUUUCAAAUUUGAAUUGGAGUAAAUAUCAGACAAGCAAAUAGCUUUCCCGAGAGAAAAAUCCCACUUUUUUUCACUGUGCCCACAGAAUUCUUGAAACAAGAAAGAAGGGAAAUGAAGAAGAUUUUGUUUUUGCUGCUUAUACCCAUUUGGGUUUUCAGUUUUCCUUCGUUUUCGGCUCCUCUUGAUGUAAAGCCUGACCCUCCGGUUUCCGACCCUGUUCUUCCUACUGAAAAAGAUCCCUUCUUUAAGGAUUCUUCUGAUUUCAUAGCUCAUUCUCCAGUUGCGGAGGUGAAGGUAGUGCAUCACCAGGAUUUGAACAAGAAAAUCCUUGUUGCACUGGUUGUCUCUGCAUCUCUUCUUGGUGGAAUUUUGCUGCUGCUGCUCUGUUUUUCGAUCUACAGACUGAAAAAGUUGAAGAAAUCCAAUGCCAAAAGGGAUCAGAAUUCAGAUGCUGCAAAGGGCAUGUCAUUUGGUCCAAUUUUGGAUAAGUUCAAUUCUUUGAAAAUUGGUGGUAAGAAGGGUUCAAUUGCUGCAAUUGAGUACCCAUUGUUAGUCACUGCUACAAACAAUUUCGAUGAAGCCAAUAUUCUAGGCGAAGGUGGAUUAGGGCGUGUUUAUAAAGCUCACUUCAAUGACCAUAGCCACGCAGCCGUUAAAAAAAUAUAUGCUGGUGGGCAGGAAGCUGAAAGAGAAUUUGAGAAUGAGGUGGAGGCAUUGAGUAAAAUUCAGCAUCAAAAUAUAGUUUCUCUCUUAGGAUAUUGUAUACACGGUGAAGCGCGGUUCUUGGUGUAUGAAAUGAUGGAGAAUGGAUCUCUGGAAUUCCACUUGCAUGGACCUUCUCCUAGGUCAACAUUGACUUGGCAUCUUAGGAUGAAAAUUGCUCUGGAUGUUGCAAGAGGAUUAGAGUACCUGCACGAGCGCUGCAACCCUCCUGUGAUCCACAGAGAUCUCAAAUCCUCGAACAUUCUUCUAGAUUCCAACUUCAAUGCCAAGCUUUCUGAUUUUGGCCUUGCAAUUACUGGAGGAAACUCAAACAAGACUAACGUCAAGCUUUCAGGAACGUUGGGUUAUGUAGCUCCCGAAUACUUGCUGGAUGGUAAGCUUACCGACAAGAGCGACGUAUAUGCAUUUGGUGUGGUUCUUUUGGAGCUUUUGACGGGACGAAGGCCUGUGGAACGAGUAGCCGAAGCACAGUGCCAGUCUAUUACUACCUGGGCAAUGCCUCAGCUUACUGACAGAUCAAAGCUUCCAAGUAUUGUUGAUCCAGCCAUCAGAAACACUAUGGAUUUGAAGCAUUUGUAUCAAGUGGCUGCUAUAGCUGUGCUAUGUGUACAACCGGAGCCGAGUUACAGACCGCUGAUAACAGAUGUCUUGCACUCGUUCAUCCCCCUUGUGCCUGUCGAUCUCGGGGGCUCACUAAGAGUAACGGAUUCUACUCUCUCGACCUGUGCAUAGCUUGCAUCUUUUUAACUUCUCUCGAAGCGGGACAUUCUUAAUCAUCAAAACUAAAAGAAAAAGCUUUUUUUCCUGUGACCCUUUUGCUAGGAAACCAGAUUAAGGAUUUGUAUUGGGAAAAAGUUUUGGUUGUGUUCUUACACAGCUUUGUAAAUUUGAGAAAGAAAAAGGUUUUUGUUGUUCUGUCAUGACUCAUGUUCUGUACUUGCACCUCUGCAAGGUGAGCUGUGUUACCUGUGUAUGUUGUCCUAAAAUCUGUAGCUACAACCCCUUGUGUUUGUAUAUAGAUUUAUAUGAGAAUGCAUUUUUUGGAGCCACUGAGUACCAAUCUGCAAUAAUGUUUGUAUGGUCAAA